AAAAUAAAGACACAUUUCCGCUUCCGCUCGUAUGCUGAUGUGAAGUGGAUUCGAUUCAUUUGGAUCAUGAUCGGAAUUCAUAGCUGUUCGUGACGUCACCGUUCAGUUCAAAGUCCUAAGAGACUUUCUACAGAAACAUCGGUGACAGGUGUGAAGUGAUGCUUUACUGCAGCACACGUGGAGGUGUUCAGGGUUGGAGUUUUAGAGAUGUGCUCUUCUCUGGAUACGCUCCAGAUGGAGGAAUGUUCAUGCCAGAGACGAUCCCGUUAUUGUCUCCUGAAACGCUGAGAUCAUGGAGACAUCUGUCCUAUCAGCAGCUCAUGUGUGAGAUCUGCUCCCUCUUCAUACCUCAACAUGAAAUCCCAUCACAUCAUCUGAAGGAUCUGAUUUCACAGGCGCUGUGUAAGUUCUCUAUAGCAGAAACAGUACGGAUAGUUUCACUGAAAGACUCUCUGUCCAUCCUGGAGUUAUUUCAUGGAGAAACUCUGGCAUUCAAAGACCUGGCCAUGUCCUGUACCGCACAGUUCCUUAAAUAUUUCCUGCACAAAGAGAAGAAGCGGGCAACGAUACUUGUAGGUACGUCCGGCGAUACGGGCGGCUCGGCCAUCAGAAGCAUCUUUGGUUUCAGUGAUGUGGACAUCGUGGUUGUGUUUCCCCGUGGACGCAUCACCAAAGUUCAGGAGAGACAGAUGACAACCAGCAUCGCAGAUAAUAUUCAUGUGUUUGCAGCGGACGGGACGUCUGAUGACAUUGACGUUCCACUGAGGAAACUCUUUGCGGAUCCAGAUUUAGUGAAGCGUUACGGUCUUAUGAGUCUCAACUCUGUGAACUGGGCCCGGAUUCUGCUGCAGUUACCUCAUUUCCUGUUUGCAUACCUGCAGCUCUGCACUCUGCAGCCGGACGCAGACGCACUGCCUGAGCUGGAGGUCCUGGUGCCCACUGGAGGAGCUGGAAAUAUUACAGCUGGAUGUAUCUUGAAGAAGAUGGGCGUUCCUCUUCGACUCGUUGCCAUGGUAAACUCCAAUGAUAUCCUUCACCGUACGGUCCAGAGUGGAGAUUUCUCUAUGGCGAGUGAUGUUAAGCAAACUCUGGCUCCUGCCAUUGACAUUCAGGACCCUUAUAACAUGGAGAGAGUCUUCUGGCUUCUGUCUGCUGGAGAUACUGAGAUGGUUCGAUGUGUAAUGGAGGAGUUUCAGAAGAUCCAUAGAGUCGCUCUUCCUCUGACACUUCAUAAGCAGGUGUGUGAAGUGUUGUCAUCAGGUUCUGUGUCUGAUGAAGGAAUUCUUUACAGCAUGAGGAGAUGUUGGCAGGAGAAUCACUAUCUCAUCUGUCCUCACACCGCUGUGGCUGUUUGGUAUCAUUAUAGCCGAGCCGUCACGGCAGGAGUUAACAGAUGUUGCAUAGCGACAGCAUCACCAGCCAAGUUUCAGGAGGCGGUGCAUCGGGCCGGUUUGACCCUUGACCUCCCUGAAGAGCUGCUUGCAUUAGAGACAAUGAAGACUCGAUAUAAACCUCUGGAAAAAUCUGACGACUGGGAGACCAAACUGAGACAACACAUAGAGCUCAUCGGCUCAGUGAGAGACCGUGGAGAAACAUUUUACCCAAAAUAGACAAAAGAUUGACAAUCAUGAAGGGAUGACUUUGAAGUGUUUCAAUUAAACUUUUAAAAUGUUUUUAUACUUGAACAAUUCAGAGUUAUUUUAAAUUGUGAAUAAACUAUAAGUAUGUUUA